AUAUAGUAUGCACCUGCCUUGAAUUACUGCCGGGUCAAACUCGCUUCCCAAAAUAAUUAGCGCAUGCUUAGUAUUACCGCCUGGUCAAACUCGUGACGUCACGAGUGACACUUCCCCUGUCAUCAUUUUCAAAAUGGAGGAGGCUGAUUUCAAUCACAUAAAGGGAAGAAGAUUAAGAGCUAUUCAGUAGGAUUUAAAGUCCAAGCUACAUCACACUCAAAUUCUUACUUCAUACCUUUGUUCCCACGUUCAGCACAAUGACUGGACAAUAGUCUUCAUAUCAUCCCAGCAUGGCCAGUGUGGAGGAGUCUCAAACGGAAGGAGAAGGCAGCCCCCAGAUCAUCUCCCUCAGGUCGGAAGCGUCCGCCAACCACGAUGGAGACUUGGGGCCGUCCGUGCGGAGGAAGAGGAGGAAGAAGAGAGCGCAGCGUCCCGAGUCCAUCAUCAUCUAUCGCUCGGACGUGGAGCGGGAGCCCGAGGAGGACCAAGGGGGUGAUGAGGGAGGAGUGGAUAGAAGCUUGGAGGAAGGAGAUAAGUUCCUCUGUACACCCACACACGAAGGUGGAGGCUGGAGCCUUCCCCCAGACAGCCGCUACGUGACGCUGACAGGCACCAUCACGAGAGGCAAGAAGAAGGGUCAGGUGGUGGACAUCCACGUCACCAUGACUGACAAGGAGCUUCGAGAGCUGGCGAAGUCAAAAGAGCGGCUGGACGCCGAGUGCGAGGCCGGGGACGGCUCCAAGCGUGCCUGCAGGUUGGGCGUAUGUCAGGGACCCCACGUUGUCCUGUGGAGCAUCUCCUGCGCCCCCGUGGUCUUCCUCCUCUCCUUCAUCACCUCCUUCUACUACGGCACCCUGACCUGGUACAAUGUCUUCCUGGUCUACAACGAGGAGCGGACAUUCUGGCACAAGAUCACAAUCUGCCCCUUCCUCAUCAUCUUCUACCCGGUGCUCAUCAUGCCCAUGGCGUUGUCUCUGGCGCUCUACGCCGCUGUAGCUCAGGUGUCAUGGGCCCUCAGCGGGUGGUGGCAGGUCGUGAGGGACCUGGAGAAGGGCUUCUGCGGCUGGGCCUGCGCUAAGAUGGGUCUGGAGGACUGCUCCCCCUACAGCAUCAUAGAGCUUCUGGACUCCGACACCAUCUCUGGUACCAUGCAGAGCAAAGCCCCCAGUGAACACGCCCAGACGUCCUCAGUGUAAUGUAGGACGAAACACGGGUCACGUUGCACGCUUUGGUGAUACACAGGAUUACACACAGUACUGUGCAAAAGUCUCGGACCACCUUGGCAUUUGUUUUUCUACAAACCCCGUUUCCAUAUGAGUUGGGAAAUUGUGUUAGAUGUAAAUAUAAACGGAAUACAAGGAUUUGCAAAUCAUUUUCAACCCAUAUUCAGUUGAAUAUGCUCCAAAGAGAAGAUAUUUGAUGUUCUAACUCAUAUAAACACUUUAAGUAACUUCGAGCUUCAUGGCUGCAACAUGUGCCAAAGUAGUUGGGAAAGGGCAUGUUCACCACUGUGUUACAUCACCUUUUCUUUUAACAACACUCAAUAAACGUUUGGGAACUGAGGAAACUAAUUGUUGAAGCUUUGAUAGUGGAAUUCUUUCCCAUUCUUGUUUUAUGUAGAUCUUCAGUCGUUCAACAGUCUCCGCUGUCAUAUUUUACGCUUCAUAAUGCGCCACACAUUUUGGAUGGGAGACAGGUCUGGACUGCAGCCAGGCCAGGAAAGUACCCACACUCUUUUUUUUACGAAGCCACGCUGUUGUAACACGUGAUGAAUGUGGCUUGGCAUUGUCUUGCUGAAAUAAGCAGGGGGCGUCCAAAAAAAAGACGGCGCUUAGAUGGCAGCAUAUGUUGUUCCAAAACCUGUAUGUACCUUUCAGCAUUAAUGGUGCCUUCACAAAUGUGUAAGUUACCCAUGCCUUGGGCACUAAUGCACCCCCAUACCAUCACAGAUGCUGGCUUUUGAACUUUGCGUCAAUAACAGUCUGGAUGGUUCGCUUCCCCUUUGGUCCGGAUGACACAAUGUUGAAUAUUUCCAAAAAACAUUUGAAAUGUUGACUUGUCAGACCACUUGUAUCAGUCCAUCUUAGAUGAUCUCGGGCCCAGAGAAGCUGGCGGCGUUUCUGGAUGUUGUUGAUAAAUAGAUUUCGCUUUGCAAAGUAGAGCUUUAACUUGCACUUACAGAUGUAGCGACAAACUGUAUUUAGUGACUGUUUUUUUUAAGUGUUCCUGAGCCCAUGUGGUGAUAUCCUUUAGAGAUUGAUGUCGGUUUUUGUUACAGUGCCAUCUGAGGGAUCGAAGGUCACGGUCAUUCAAUGUUGGUUUCCGGCCAUGCCGCUUACGUGGAGUGAUUUCUCCAGAUUCUCUGAACCUUUUGAUGAUAUUAUGGAGCGUAGAUGUUGAAAUCCCUAAAUUUCUUGCAAUUGCACUUUGAGAAAGGUUGUUCUUAAACUGUUUUACUAUUUGCUCACACAGUUGUGGACAAAGGGGUGUACCUCGCCCCAUCCUUUCUUGUCAAAGACUGAGCAUUUUUUGGGAAGCUGCUUUUAUACCCAAUCAUGACACCCACCUGUUCCCAAUUAGCCUGCACACCUGUGGGAUGUUACAAAUAAGUGUUUGAUGAGCAUUCCUCAACUUUAUCAGUAUUUAUUGCCACCUUCCCCAACUUCUUUGUCAUAUGUUGUCUUUGUAGCAUAUUCAACUGAAUAUGGGUUGAAAAGGAUUUGCAAAUCAUUGUAUUCUGUUUAUAUUUACAUCUAACACAAUUUCCCAACUCGUAUGGAAACAGGGUUUGUACGUGACUAUUUAUUCAUAUUCAAUCAUUACCUAUAAAUUAUUUGAGGGUUGACUUUUAUACAGUAUUGUAACACACGUUUACUUAAUAUACAUCAUCAUUGUCUUAAUAUGAUCACUUUUCUCUACAUUAUCAUCAAAGCCGGUCUACAGAAUUUAUGUUUAGUGCUCACCUAAAAUGUUCUUUAUCACCUUAAAACCUUUCAUUCUCUACUAUUUCAUUUACUCCUGGAGGGUUUUGUGCCGUAAUUCAACGCCACGUCGUCCAAAUAACAAAAUAUGUCUUCAAAUUGAACUUUCGGAACAAACACUAUAUUGCCAAAAAGUGUAAUGAGGAGAAUCAGGUGUCCUAAUCACUUGGCUCGGCCACAGGUGUAUAAAAUCAAGCACUUAGACUUGCAGACUGUUUCUACAAACAUUUGUGAAAGAAUGGGCCGCUUUUACUGAUUUCCAGGGUGGAACUGGAAAUAUUCCAAAGUCAACUGUCGGCUUUUUACAACAAAAUGGAAGAGUUUGGGAACAACAGCAACUCAACCACAAAGUGGUUGGAGUGUGAAAUUUAGUGGAGGAAUUAUGGUGUGGGGUUGUUUUUCAGGAGUUGGGCUUGGCCCCUUUGUUCCAGUGAAAGGAACUUUUGAAUGCUCCAGGAUACCAAAAACAUUUUGGACAAUACCAUGCUCCCAACCUUGUGGCAACAGUUUGGAGCGGGCCCCUUCCUCUUCCAACAUGAUUGUGCACCAGUGCACAAAGCAAGGUCCAUAAAGACAUGGAUGACAGAGUCUGGUGCGGAUGAACUUGACUGGCCUGCACAGAGUCCUGACCUGAACCCGAUAGAACACCUUUGGGAUGAAUUAGAACGGAGACUGAGAGCCAGGCCUUCUCGACCAACAUCAGUGUGUGACCUCAUUAAUGCGCUUUUGGAAAAAUGGUCGAAAAUCCCUAUAAACACACUCCGCAGCCUUGUGGACAGCCUUCCCAGAAGAGUUGAAGCUGUAAUAGCUGGAAAAGGUGGGCAGGUGGCCAAAUACUUUUGGCAAUAUAGCGUAUGUUUAUCUUAUUUGUCAGUGUGGGUGAGGAACUUUGUUACCUUCGCCCUAUAUUUUUAUCUUUAAUGUUUGUCGUAUUUAUUGUACUAUUUAAUUGAAGAAAUGUAAAGAUUUUCUUGAUCUUUAAUUGUACGUUAAUAUAAAUCAGAAUAUGUCAAAAGUUGACUAAAAUAUAUUUGGCGAAAGUACACUCUAAAUAUUACCAAAUAUUGUAGAAAAUGUUUUUCAGACCUUCAAGUUGGAAGUUGUUGUAUUCCAUUCUUUAAGUUUUUUUUUUUUAAAUAAAAAAGACUUAUUUGUGGCAGCA